AUGAUCUUUGCAGUUCGUCAUGUACACGACAAGUGCAGAGAUCAGUAUGCAGUCUUCAUCGACCUGAAAAAUGUCUUUGAUACUGUCAACAGUGUAGCCUUGCGGACAUUCGUUCAAAAACGUGGCAGCCCAAAUUUUUAUCUAUUUCUCUUCAUGUCUAUCUUCAUGGCUGCCUAUCUAGCAAGAAAUGUAAAGUUAUUUGCAGCUUUUUUUCUCUUAAUCAGGCUUUCAAAUUUAUUUUCUUUUCUCUGUUUCAUUCUUUUCAAGCCUUUCAUUCAAUCUUUACAAAUCCAUCAUAUUUCUUUGUUUCCUUCAUUUGCCAUUUUACCAUAUUUUUUUUAUUCCUCUGUUUUCAGUUUCUUUUUUCUUUGCGUUUAUCUUUCUCUUUCUUCUCCUUUUUCCUAUUUUCUUUUAUUCCUUAUGUUCCUAUUCAUUUCUUCGAUUCAUUUUUCCUUCUACUUCCUUUUUUCCUUAAUGUCUUUCCUAUCUACUUUCUUCAUAUUCUUCCCACUCUCAUUCCGCCAUUUUAAUUCUUUGUCUCUUUUCAUCUGA